AUGGCAAAACUCAUCGUCGUCGUCGGCAUCACCGGCAACCUGGGCGGCAGCGUCGGCGACGCCACAAAACUAUCGCACGGUAAAUACACCAAGCUGUGGCACUUUGACAGCAAGGCCGCCGUCGAGCGCUUCGUCCGCGAUGACCCGGCCAUGCGCGCUGCCAGCCUGGCCGCCAAGGCCAGCUUCCUGCACGUCGGGCUGUACGCCGACAACUGGCGGCGCGCGCCGACGGAGCUCUGCCGGGAAGCUGGUGGCUACGUGCGCGUUGGAAUCGCCGACGGGUCGCGCCGCCAGCCGCUCGUGUGGAUCCGCCGCGACGCGGGGCUGCUAGUCAAGGCGCUCGUCGAGCGCGUGCCACCCAGCGCCCGCCUGAUGGCCUGCAGCCAGAUGGCCAGCGCGCGCGAGUACAUGGCCGCGUGGGCGGCGGCGGCGGGUGAGGAGCUGGGUGGCGAUGGCGGGGUUGUGCGGCUGUCUGAUGUGCAGAUGAGGGACUACAUUCCGGGGGAUGAGAACGCCAAGGGUCACUUUCUGCAGUGCUGGUAA